GCCAACUAUAAAGCACUCGCAAACUCGAAUACAAAAGAUACAGAUACAGCUGCUCAGUCGCAGUCGCAGUCGCGAUCGCGAUCGCAGUCCGCAAUUUCGUAUCCGCAGUCGCAAUCGUGUUGAAACUAGUUUUCUUUAUUGCCGCGUCGCGUCUGCUCCACAGUGUUCGGUUAAUUAACAAAGAAAUGUCGCGUGAAUCGACAGCCCAAAAAGUUCGGAUUAUGGCUCCACUGCUGCUGCUCCUCUGCCUGAUGAUGUGGGCAAAGGGUGUGGAGUCCAAGAAGUAUAUGCGCUGCGAGCUGACGCGUGUGCUGGUGGAGACCUACAGAUUCCAGAAGACGCUAAUGUCCAAUUGGAUCUGCCUGGUGGAGCAUGAGAGCUCCUUGGAUACGAACAAGGUGACGAGCAAAGAGAACAAUAGCAAGAACUAUGGACUGUUCCAAAUCAACAGCAGGGACUACUGCGCCGAGGGACGCCGGGGUGGACUGUGCAACAUGAAAUGUGAAGAUCUCUCCAAUGACGAUAUUUCGGAUGAUAUUGCCUGCGCCAAGACCAUACAGCAACGCGAUGGCUUCAAAUAUUGGAAGGGCUGGAGUCGCUAUUGCCGCAACACACAGAACCUGCCCAAUUUGGAUGUCACCUGCAAGCUGAGUACUUUAUCGCCCAUACGGAGUCCCAAUUCGUUUUAGAGAGGCAGAAUGAUUCAAAUCUCUUCAAGCCGAACUACUUAAGCCUUGUUUUAAGAAAACACAUUCCAAAUUCAAUGAAUUUGCAAUCACAAUUGCAACUGAUGACAAUUGUGCACAGUUUUAUUUCAGGUAUUAGUUCUAGGCAUUUUAAUUUGUCAGCCACGUUUAAGAAAAUACAUUGUGUAUAUAUAUUAUGCAA